GGUCCGGUGGCGUUCGGGGUUUGACCGGGUGGCGGGGGGAAUGGCUGCGGUGUGAGGGCCGAGGACGGCGCCUGUGCGAUACGACGUGAUGUGUUGAAGGUGGGAAGUUGAUGACCAACUGUGGCCGGGCCUGACCUCCCCCGGGUGCCUGAAACUAGCUUGGCUAUGGGGUUCCUGGAACAGUGUGAGGAGGUGUUUGGUACCUCAGACCUGUAUCAAGUGUUGGGCGUUAAGACAGGGGCCUCGGAGGGAGAGAUCCGGAGGGGAUAUCGGAAGAUUUCUCUCCAGGUUCAUCCUGAUCGAGUUACAGAGGCGGAGAAGGAAGCAGCCACUCAGAAGUUCCAGAUCCUGGGUAAAGCUUACACUGUUCUGAGCGACAAGGAGCAGCGUGCAGUGUAUGAUGAGCAAGGUAUAGUGGAUGAUGAAGCAGAUGCCUUAACACAGGAUCGUGACUGGGAAGCUUAUUGGAGACUUCUGUUUAAAAAGAUUACAUUUGAUGAUAUUAAGAACUUUGAAGACAAGUACAAAGGAUCUGAAGAGGAGAUGACGGAUAUAAAACAGGCAUAUAUGGAAUUUAAGGGGGACAUGGACUGCAUCAUGGAGUCGGUGUUAUGUGCAACGAUUGGGGAUGAACCACGGAUACGAGAAGUCCUAGAGAGUGCCAUCAAAGCACAAGAGCUUCCAGCAUACGCUGCAUUUACCAAAGAGAGCAAAAGUAAACAGAGAGCACGCAAGAGGCAGGGUGACAGGGAAGCUAAAGAAGCAGAAGCAGCGAGACUGGAAUUGGGGCUGGAGGAUGGGGAUGACUCCCUCAAAGCACUGAUCCAGAAGAAGCAGAAGGACCGAGAGAAGGAAAUGAACAGUUUCUUGGCUGCAAUGGAGGCCAAAUACUGUGGAAAGUCCGCAAAAGGUGGGAAAAAAGCUACCAAAAAAGGGAAGAAAUAAAAAAUCAUCUGUGAUAAUGCCCUACCUUCAGAUGGAACGACAGUAGUCCAGUAGUCUCAGAGUUCUGGAAUGAGAAGAGCUGGUAUUGCUAUGAUGACUUUAGUUGUCUGCCUUGAACAACUCAUGUACUCUGACUUUUUUUCCUGAGAGUUACUGUUCCCACUAACCUUGUUAUAUAGUCCAUGCUGAACUGUUCUCCCUCCACAGUGCAUCUAUUGAGAUGUAAAGGGAGAGGAAUCCUGAUCAAAUGGUUGUGUUUUGUAGUAAUAUGUUUCCAGGAAAUAGUCACUUUUGGAUGCAACCAUUAUUUAAAUGACAAUUCUGUGUUGAUAACAUUAUAAUGAAAUACAAAAUACUUAAUUA